CUGGGGGAUGACACAGCUCUAUUUGCAUGCAGGGUGUAUAAUACCGACCUGACCGCGAACAGCGAGUCAUUCGUUGCUGUUAGAUCCAGUGAGGAAACAUGCCGGAACCCGCCAAGUCUGCGCCCAAGAAGGGCUCCAAGAAAGCGGUCACCAAGACCGCCGGCAAAGGAGGCAAGAAGAAGAGGAGGACCAGGAAGGAGAGCUACGCCAUCUACGUCUACAAGGUGCUCAAGCAGGUCCACCCCGACACCGGGAUCUCCUCCAAGGCCAUGAGCAUCAUGAACUCCUUCGUCAACGACAUCUUUGAGCGCAUCGCCUCCGAGGCCUCCCGUCUGGCUCACUACAACAAGCGCUCCACCAUCACCUCCAGGGAGAUCCAGACUGCUGUGCGCCUCCUGCUGCCCGGUGAGCUGGCCAAGCACGCCGUGUCCGAGGGAACCAAGGCGGUUACCAAGUACACCAGCUCCAAGUAAACAGCUCUGCUGUUAACACACAAACCCAACGGCUCUUUUAAGAGCCAC